GAUGUCUAGGUUAAAGUGCCUGGUGGUAUCAGUAGACAUUUGAUUGUUGAACGAAAAUGAAGCUCCUGUUUGUGCUGCUAGCCCUUGGCGGCGUUAGUCAACUGUAUGGAUUUAAGAUCUGUGAGCGAAAGGCUCCCGGCUCGUUGAUGGGAAGUCCCACGAACUGCAGUGAGUUCUACAUGUGCCGUGACGGUCGGCCGGUUCUGUUCUCCUGUCCGGAGCACAUGUACUUCGACGUCGAUACGGCCGCCUGUGGAUAUGAAGCGUUCUGUGCCGAUAACGAUGUGAACCUGAGUGUGGACCCGCUGGAACCGCUCGGCCCACAGUACACACCGAUCGUGGCCGAACCGUCGCGACUCGUCCCAACCGCCGGUGCCUGUUUGGGGGCAGCUGCAGGUGCAAUUCGAUUGGACCCAACCUCGGGCUGCAGUUCAUUCUUCCAGUGCACCAAGGCUGGUCCGCUUCGGCUCGAGUGUCCCGCCGGCACACUGUUCGACAGCAAUCGUAUGCUGUGUGAUGUGGCCGAUAUUGUUUCGUGUGCGUUUGUACCAACAAAUCCGGUCGUCGGCGGUACAAGCAAUCUGCUGUCGCUGCUCUGCACUGGAAAGAAGAAUGGUCACAAGAUAGCGCAUCCGACCAACUGCGAACGGUACAUCGUUUGCAAUGGACGUAACAAGCCGCAGGAGUUAAAGUGUCCCCCAGGAACGGCGUACAACAAGCAGCGCAGCAUUUGUGACUUUAAGCACAACGUUGAAUGCUAGAGGGAAGUGAAAUGAAUGAACCGAUUUCCGAAAAACGAUUCCACUUUGGAAACGCGCGUGCUCACCUUAUUACCAGCUGGCCUAACUGUCUCAGUGAGCACCUAUCGAUUCGUAGAGUUAAAAAGUUUGGCUUUUCCGUAUUUUAAUUGGAUUAAAAGCACUCACAUACGUUACACAAAUCAACUGCUUAAUCUGCUAACGCGGUGCGAAAGUCGAUUGUCACUUCCAUCAUCAUCAUCGAUUGUUCUUUCGUUGGUUGGGUUUGUGGACGUCUGGAAGGACGAACAGCACCAAAACAGCUGCUGCCCAUCGCUUCCGGUAUCUUAACCCAACCAAAACAGACAGCAAGAAUUCUUCAAGGAACGAAAGCAAGCAAGCAAACAAGAACCAACAAGCGCACAGGCACAGGCACAAAUAUGAAUAGUCAAUGAAGGACGAUAAAUUCGGUGAAGCCGGACGCUUUUCUCGGUGGCAUCGUGAUGACGUUUGGCUCGUUGGUCGGGUCGCGUUUCUUUCGUGGGGUCACUUUUGUGCAAAAGCCCCUGUUAACGACGAUACACGUCUAAUUAAUACGCGCUAAUUCGUUAAGUAUGGUGGAGGUAAAACAAAACAUCAACGGUAAAUAAAUAUGAAUAAUUCAAACAUGGGGGAAUAUGUGAGACAAGGAA